AUGGAUCCUCGUCACAACCCGCCGCCCGAACCCACGUCCAGUCAUGCCAAGCGCAGCGGCAAUGUGAUGAGCGUCGGAGCCGUGAUGAGCGGUGAGGCCGAGACGAGUGCUGACGUGGGCAGCGUGAGCAGCGAGACCAUCAUGAGCACCGCAUCUGCGUCUGACGGCGAUAAAUCUGAGCAGCAUGUGCCACCCACGAACCUAGAUGAGACGCCGAAGAACCGAACCGAACCAAGUCGCGAGAACCAAUCCUCCAAAGUCUCGGAUGAAGACGCAGACUAUGAGAAGCGCAUGGAAGAGUAUCGUCAACGCUACCAAGAAGAUCUGGGACGACAUUUCGGCAAGCGGUCUGAUGAUGAUGAGGAAGAUGAUGAAGAUGACGAGGAUGCACCGCUGGACCCGUUCUUCCAAAAGCUUCUCUCGCCAUGGGACCCCGAAAUCGACAUCAUCGACCCGCGAAUCCACAACCCCGACGACCGCGACGAUCCGACCCCGCUGCCGCCACAGAUCGAGACCGACGAGCUGUACAUGGACGACUACAUCCCAACCGACUGGCAACAGGCCUACAAGCCCGGAACCUCCAUCGUCCUCGUCUCCCUCAAGCUGGUGAAGUUCCUCUCAGGCGGGCCCUGGUCAGGCCCAGCGGUGUUCCUCUGCGAAGUCACACAAGGCGCCCGCGCCUUCGCCAUGCCCCAGCGCGUCGUCGCAAAGUUCCAAGACCCGAUGUUCUUCCAGGCCAGCCCCCCGCCCGACCAGCCCUUCUACAACGAGUUCGACCGCGCCAACUUCAACCUGAGCCGCGAGGCCGGAGCAUACGAGCAGCUGCGCACGACAAACUGCCACGGCGCCCCGCACCUCGCCCCAGCCUACUUCGGCGCCUUCACCGCCGAGAUCCGCACCACGAACCCGGCUCUCAUCGGGGACCACCCGUUCCUCCCCCGCAGCGUCGGCGUCAUCCUCCUCGAGCACAUCGAUGGCGUCUCCAUAUCCUCCCUCUGCGACAGACACGGCCCCGAAGGCGCCCUCACGCCGCGCCGGCUGGACAUGCUCAAGACGUUCAUGGACGGCUUCGUCCGCCAGCUCUUCGCGGGGGUCUACCAAGAAGAGGCCAUCAGCCCCGACCACAUCCUCGUCGCCCCGGCCGCGGACGGCCGGGCCCGCGUCGCGAUGAUCCAUUACCGCGACUCGCUGGUCGACUGCAAGUGUAUGAAGCCGCAGAGGACCUACGACGAUUUCCCCCACCCGCCGCACCCGUACACCAUCUUCAAAGACGCGUACCACCUGAGUGCGCUCGAGGGAUGGUUCCCUUGCCAGUGGACGGACAAGGACAGUGAUGAGCUUGAGGAGUGGCUGAUCAAGACCUUCGACGACGACGCCUUUGGACCGUACCACCCUCUGAAAAUCGGAACAAGUGACAACGGUGGAGAAAAGAAAGCUGGAGAAGCAGUCUGA